GCGUGCACGUAGAUGCACGUAUUUAAAGUAAAAAACGUUGCAAUCUUAAAAAUGUUUUUAUUCCUAGUUUUCUCAUGGUUAGUUAAUUUAAGUGUCGAAGGAACAAAAUGUGAAAUAAAUAAGGAAUGCAAUUUGUAUUGUAGUAAAGGCGCUACCAUAAAAGUAGCUAGUACUAAGUGCAAAAUAUUGAACGAUGUCAGUUUGACUUACACUAAUAUUGAUGAAAUACCGAAAUUGAAACCUUUUUCAAUAACAUAUCUCAUUCUAAAAUCUAAUGAUAUACAACAUAUAAGUCGUGGAAUCAAGGAAUUAAAAAUUGAAAAAUUGUAUUUAAAUGACAAUGCUAUUACGGAAUUGAAAACAGGUAUGUUUGAAGAAAAACAAUCUUUCAGAAUCGUAUGGCUAGAAAAUAAUCAAAUUAAUGUUUUGCAACGAAAAUCGAUUCCUAUGGCUCAUUAUCUAUAUCUCAAUAACAAUUUGAUUAAAUCAUUAAAUGCAGACAUGUUUAUUAAUAUAUUCUACGUGCAAUACUUAUAUUUGGAUAAUAAUCGUUUAAAGAAGAUUACGGCUUCAUCACUGAUGGGUUUAAAAGCAAUUACUUUGGAAUUAAGCCGUAAUCAGUUAGAAGAUUUUGAGGGCAUGAGGAUGUUAAAGGAUUUAUCGCUAACAAAUAAUCUGAUUUCAUCGCUGGAAAUAAAUUCAAUACCAAAAGUGAAAAAUCUAAAUUUGAGUUACAAUUUACUUACAUCCAUCGAAGCAAACAUGUUCUCCGAUGUGUAUUAUCUUAAGUCUCUUGAUAUAACGUACAACUGUAUCAAAGAGACAGAUUUGAAAUUAAUGGAAAAAGUAUUGAUUUUGAAUAGAAAAUUUAACGAAAAGUGCAUGCUGAACAGUAAUCAUAUCACGCAAAUGGACAUAGUUUUGAUAUUGAAUAGUGCAGUUUUUGUCAUAUUAGUUAUUGCCGCUAUUGUAAUAACAGUAUAUACAAGACGAUGCACCAAAUUCUCAAAGCAUUUAACGAAUCCCGAUACGCCCGAUACGCCCAAUGCACAAUUAUCUUAUGAUCGCGUUACAAAUGCAGUGUAUAUGGAAAACGAUGGAGGGUACGUAGAAGCUACAAACGUAUACGAAGGUAAUCAAAGAUCAACGAUAUUGCUGUACAACGAGAAUCCAACGGAUAUUUGGUCCCUCCAAGCGUUCCGCGCAUUCUUUAAUUCUUAAUAGUUAUAAUAUCAACGUAAAUGAUGAUUUCUC